CUGGCUCAGACUAGUUUCAGUAGAUUCACUUCCCUGAAAAAAGAAACUCACUCAGUCGCUGCUGCCCAGACGAGAAAAUGGCUCAAAAAGGAACUAAACUUUAUCCAGAAAAGUUCUGUUGUUCCAUCUGUCUGGAUCUCCUGAAGGAUCCAGUGGCUCUCUCCUGUGGACACAGCUACUGUAUGAAGUGUAUUGAAGCCCACUGGGAUGGAGAGGACCUGAAGACAACCUACAGCUGCCCUCAGUGCAGGAAGACCUUCACACAGAGGCCUGUCCUGGACAAGAACGUCCUGUUAGCAGAGUUAGUGGAGGAGCUGAAGAAGACUGGACUCCAAGCUGCUGCUGCUGAUCACUGCUAUGCUGGAGAUGAAGAUGUGUCCUGUGAUGUCUGCACUGGGAGGAAGAUGAAGGCUGUCAAGUCCUGUCUGGUCUGUCUGGUCUCCUACUGUGAGAAACACCUUCAGCCUCACUAUGAGUCUCCAGCCUUUAAGAAACACCAGCUGGUGGAGCCCUCCAAGAACCUCCAGGAGAACAUCUGCUCUCGUCAUGAUGAGGUGAUGAAGAUGUUCUGUCGUACUGAUCAGCAGUUGAUCUGUUAUCUCUGCUCUGUGGACAAACAUAAAGGCCACGACACAGUCUCAGCUGCAGCAGAAAGGACUGAGAGGCAGAAGAAGCUGGAGGAGAGUCGACUGAACAUCCAGCAGAGAAUCCAGGACAGACAGAAAGACGUGAAGCUGCUUCAACAGGAGAUGAAGGACAUCAGAGUCUCUGCUGAUAAAACAGUGGAGGACAGUGAGAAGAUGUUCACCCAGAUGAUCCAUCUCAUCCAGAACAGAAGCUCUGAGGUGGAGCAGCAGAUCAGAUCCCAGCAGGAGACCGAAGAGAGUCGAGUCAAAGAGCUUCAGGAGAAGCUGGAGCAGGAGAUCAAGGAUCUGGAGAGGAAAGAUGCUGAGCUGAAGCAGAUUUCAGAUCUAGAAGAUCACAACCAGUUUCUCCACAAAUACCCCUCAGUGUCAGCACUCAGUGAGUCCAAACCUUCAUCCAGCAUCAACAUCUGUCCUCAGAGACACUUUGAGGACAUGACAGCAGCUGUGAAAGAGCUCAGAGACCAACUACAGGACAUUUUGAAGAACACCUGGACAAACCUCUCAGAGACAGGGACUCAAUCACAUGUUCUACUGCCACAACCAGAACCAGAACCAAAGACCAGAGCUGGAUUCUUAAAAUAUUCACAAGAAAUCACUCUGGAUCUGAACACAGCUCACAGAAAGCUGUUACUAUCUGAAGGGAACAGAAAAGUAAAGGUAAUCAAACACCAACACUUUUAUCCUGAUCAUCCAGACAGAUUCACUGACUGGUUUCAGAUCCUGAGUAAAGAGAGUCUGACUGGACGAUGUUACUGGGAGGUGGAGUGGAGAGGAGAUCGACUUUAUGUCGCAGUUUCAUACAAGAACAUCUGCAGAACCGGGAGCACCUCUGAAAGUGCCUUUGGACUCAAUGACAAGUCCUGGGCUUUAUAUUGUGACACCUACAGUUAUAAAUUUUGGUACAACAUCCAAACUCCCAUCUUAGGUCCUCGGUCCUCCAGAAUCGGAGUCUAUCUGGAUCACAGUGCAGGCAUUCUCUCCUUCUACAGCGUCUCUGAAACCAUGAUUCUCCUCCACAGAGUCCAGACCACAUUCACUGAGCCGCUACAUGCUGGAGUUCGACUUUAUUAUGCUGGAAACACUGCAGAGUUCAUUAAACUCACAUAGUGCCAAAAACUGGAUAUUGACACACUAAAGUAUCAAAAACUUGGAUAUUAAUGCAUGUAUAUGUCAAAAACCUGGAUAUUAAUGUACUAAAGAGUCAAAAACCUGGAUAUUAAGGUACUAAAAAGUCAAAAACCUGGAUUUUUAUGCACUAAAGACUCAAAAAUCUGGAUAUUAAUGUACUAAAGUCUUAAGAACCUGGAUAUUAAUCUAUAAAAGUGUCAAAAACCUGGAUAUUAAUGUACAAAAGUGUCAAAAGCCUGGAUAUUAAUGUACUAAAGAGACAAAAACCUGGAUUUUUAUGUACUAAGGAGUCAAAAACCUGGAUAUUAAUGUACUAAUGUGUCAAAAACCUGGAUAUUAAUGUACUAAAGUGUCAGAAAUGUGGAUAUUCAUCUACUAAAGAGUCAAAAACCUGGACAUUCAUGUAGUAAAGAGUCAAAAAUCUGGAUAUUAAUGUACUAUAGAGUCUGAAACCUGGAUAUUAAUGUACUAAAGAGUCAAAAGUCUGGAUAUUAACGUACUAAAGAGUCAAAAGUCUGGAUAUAUAUGUACUAAAGUGUUGUGUAGUUGUUAUGGGUCGACAUUUCUGACAUGUCUGUGAACACAUCUGUGACAAGUCGCCAUUGGUGUUAGAAGGUGUUUUUCCACGAUCAGUGUUAUUAAACUUAUCUAUUCUGUUGACAUGUUCAGCUUCAGAGAUGACCUCUAAUGUUUAGUGCAACUUUGUAAUCUCCUACAUCCCAAAAUACUUAGUUUAGAUUCUUGUUAUGGGCGCCUCCGAGGCUGAAAAACACAUGAAAUGUUUUAAGUUUGUGUUCACCACUUCAAUACUUUCCUAUAUAUUUCAUAUUGAGGUUAAGAAAACAUGCUUAAGGUUGAUUUGUGCAGGGGUUAUUACAAUGUUUACACAGUGGGGUCUAGAUAGCAGGACGUACUAAACAGAAAGGUUGUAAAUAUUAGAAAUAACUCAACUAAAACAGCCCACAGAUCUCUGCUUUGUAAGCCAGUACUGAGUUUCCAGGCCUUGAACGCACCGUGACUGUGGCAGGCCCUUCUUCCCCAGGUCCAUUCGCACUCGUUCUCCAACAUGGCGGUAGAUCUCCACCAGACAGCUCAUGGCUCCAUCACGCACCUGCAAGACAACAACAAAAACUGAACAUUAGCACCAACCACGGAUCAAGUCGGAAUCUUUUUAGAAAUUAAGUGUCACUUGAAGUUCUCUGGCACAUGGGAAAUUCAGUCAUCAUUCUUUAAUUAUAUCAAGACCAUUGCGCUACUUCCACAUUUCACUGCAUAUUUUUACUCAAGUAUAUUACUGGAUGCAACAUUUUACAGUUUACUAAAAACUCUUUAGUACAUUAAUAUCCAGGUUUUUUUUACUCGUCAUUGCAUUAAUAUCCAGGUUUUUGACUCUCUAGUUCAAUAAUAUCCAGGUUUUCAGACUUUAGUACAUUAAUAUCCAGGUUUUUGACACUUCAGUAGAUCAAUAUCCAAGUUGUUUAGAUUUUAGUGCAUUAAUAUCCAAGUUUUUGACUCUUUACUACAUUAAUAUCCAGAUUUUUCAUACUUUAGUACAUCAAUAUUCAGGUUUUGACACUUCGGUACGUUAAUAUCCAUAUUUUUGACACUUUAGUACAUUAAUAUCCAGGUUUUAGACUCUUUACUACAUUAAUAUCCAGGUUUUAGACUCUUUACUACAUUAAUAUCCAAAUUUUUCACUCUUCAGUACAUUAAUACUUCACAGUUUACUUUCGUACUUUUUCACUCAUGGUACAUUUCAGGCUCUUUUCUGCAUUUUGUACUUGAGUAUAUUUUUCCAGUUUAUUUGUAUUUGCUGUAACGACAGAAUUUCCA